AAUUUGUCUAAUAAUAUGCAGCCUUCACUUCGGAUCUCUACUUUUCUCAUACGUUUGUGGUUGUUGUCACUUGUCAAACAUGUGUCAGGCUAUAACCUCACUUUUGCAAUGUCACGCGUGGAAUUGGGUUUUUCCGAGGAAUGUGAGCCAUGGCAAGUGGAAAGUUAUCAAUUCCCGACGAAAAUAGGCGGAAAACCAGCUUGGCUCGACUUAGAAAAUUUGCCAAAGCCGGAGGAUCUACAAUGUGAGACCUGUCAUGAGCCCUUGAUUUUUCUGUGCCAAAUCUACGCUCCCUACGAGGAUGACGACCAGAAUUUUCAUCGGACGGUUUUCCUUUUCAUUUGUAGAAACCCCGAAUGUUGUGUGAGGAACUCCAGUAGUAAUGUGAAAGCGUUCAGAAGCUCAUUACCAAGACGCAACAAAUUUUAUUCAUUUGAACCGCCACCAGAACGCCGAAAUUCGGAUUUUUUCUUAUCAAAAUGGGUGUCUUUAUGUAACCUUUGUGGUUGUUUAGGGGAAAAAAAGUGUGGCAAAUGUAAAAAAGCCACAUAUUGUAGUAGAGAGCAUCAGGUACUUGACUGGAAACAAGAGCAUAAGAAUGAGUGCGAAAAAGGGGAAACACUUGGACGAAUUUCGUCGAAAUUGUUCCCUCAGUCUAUGAUAGUGACAGAACCUGAGGAAAAUGAUGAAAAGACUGUGGAUGAAAGUGAGGAAGUUGAAAAAUUCCAUCAGCUAGAACGUGAAGGCAAAACGGGUACAAUGGGUGAUGUAUCAGAUAAAGACCUGGAAAAAUAUGCUAUAUGUGACAGUGAUAAGGCAUUUACACGUUUCAAAAAACGAAUCAGUGAUAACAAUGAGCAGAUUUUGCGAUAUGAAAGAGGUGGAGAACCUCUAUGGAUUGCCACUGACCCGAAACCUGAUAAUAUUCCCAACUGUGAAUAUUGCGGGAGUCCCAGACAAUACGAGUUUCAAAUCAUGCCGCAAUUAUUCUUUAUCUUGCAUGAAAAUGACUUGGAUGUGGGAAUUAUUAUUGUUUAUACUUGCAAGGAAAGUUGUACUACUGGUGAUAACUACAAAAAGGAAUUUGUUUUCAAACAGGACGUUAAGUAAUUAUUGAUUAAAUCAAUAAAUAUUUUCUGCAUGUUGCAUCAAUUGGAUAAAAAUGGAUGAGAUAAAAUUUUGUUUGUCGGAUAAGUGUUACGUUAGAAUCUAAUCUUGUAAUCAUUACAAAUAACAAGUAAUUGAGUUUUUGUAAAAUUUGAUCAAUAAACCAAUAAUUUGAGAUA